GAGCUUCAUUUUGAAAACUGCUGCCACGGCGCAUAAUUGGCAGAGAUAAUAAUAGCACAAUUUAUGUUCGGUUCGCAUACAAAGUUAUUGUUUUCAUAUUACAACCAUGGUUCCAUGAGGACAUGUAUUUGACAGACUGGUUUUUAAUUUAUUUUAAUUUGCAAAAAAAUAUAUACAUAUUAUUGGGAUUUAUUUUGCCUGUCAUUUGUCUCUAAGUGGACAAGGACAGGAGCGCCGUGAUAUCAGACACAGAGCUGCAGCAGGCCUUAUCGAACGGUACAUGGACCCCAUUCAACCCAGUGACGGUCCGAUCAAUCAUAUCCAUGUUUGACAGGGAGAACAAAGGAGGGGUGAACUUCAACGAGUUUGCCGGAGUGUGGAAGUACAUCACGGACUGGCAGAACAUCUUCCGCACCUACGACAGAGACAACUCGGGCUUCAUCGACAAGAACGAGCUGAAGCAGGCACUGACUGGAUUCGGGUAUCGUCUCUCAGACCAGUUCUACAAUACUCUCAUAGAGAAGUUUGACAGGCAGAGGAAGGGACAAGUGGCCUUCGAUGACUUCAUCCAGUGUUGUAUUGUUCUACAGAGGUUGACCGACGUGUUUAGGAGGUACGACACGGACCAAGACGGCUGGAUCCAGGUUUCCUAUGAACAGUAUCUAUCCAUGGUGUUCAACGUUGUAUAGUAAAGACAAGAGCAGAACUGGACACAAUUGUGCCAAAGCCAAAUCCUUCCCACCUCCACAACAUGUCUUCCUGGAUAAAGAUGACCAAAACACAAGUGGACUGGGACUCUGGGUUAGGAUAUAACAACAUUACGUACUGUCUGUCAUUGUUUAUAAUGUUUGUUUAAUAUCUGAAUCUUAUCUUGAUAAUGGUAAAGGCCUGAAUAUCUGUGUUUAAGGUAAACCUGCAUUGUACAUAUCAUUUAGAACAAACAACUGCAUGCUUCCGGGGGACUUCUGCCAAUGUUCAAAGCAUGCCCUCUAUCUCAGAUCUAUUUUGCUGAAGCCAUGUUUACAAACACUGUGACAGCAGGUUAUGGUGGGGCACAACGCCUGCUUUUAGAUUCACUGACAUGCCAGCUAACGCCAUAUUUCUAGUCUUAUUUUUAAUCAGCAAAUGCAUUUAAAAUAAAAAGUUAGAGCCUAUUAGGAUUUUAGGUAAAAUAAGCGUAUGCUUUUUGUAUUGCUUAUUUUGUGUGUGCAUGAUGCCUUAAACUGUAUAAAUGCAAGAUGAACAUCUUUUGUUAAAAAAGAAACCUGAGAGCUCUGAAUUGAAUGUGUGGUGGACAAAGACUAAACAGUUUUGCUGUUGAGGCAACAAUGUAACUUAUUACUGUAUACAAUUAUUGACGGAAGAUAGUCAAUGUGGUCCUCUGUUGCUCGGUUAGCAGAGCGUGGUGCUUGCAAGGCCAGGAUAGUGAGUUUGAUUCCCGGGACCACCCAUACAAUAUGUUAAAUAUAUGCAUGAAAGCCAGUGCUAAAUGGCAUAUUAUACGAUGAAUGGAUAAAAUUGUCAUGAUUUAUCGUAUGGUACAAACCUUUGAAAGAUUUGUGAAGAGGUAGAUUUAGUCCGAGAGGAGUAGAGCCCCACAGUGGAGGUGUUGAAAUAGCCAUAAAACCUAAUGGUGACACAGGGAAAUGGUUCCAGGUUGAAUCACAUCCGGCUGUGAUUGGGAGUCCCAUAGGGCAGCGCACAAUCGGCUCAGUGUCAUCCGGGUUAGGGUUUAGCCGGGGUAGGCAGUCAUUGUAAAAAAUAAUAAUUUGUCCUUAACUGACUUGGCUAGUUAAAUAAAAAAAACAAAUACAUUUGUAGUUCUUUAUGAAAGCCACAUUAGCAGCUAAUUAGCAUUAUUUGUUGGGGAUAAAUACAGAUGAAUAUAUUGAUAAGUCACCUUGUCCGAGAGAGAUUUAGAAGGUUAUCAAAACAUCACACCAGGGCAAGCUUACAUGAAACAAAGCCCUUAUUUUAAGUGCUUCUAAAGUCCCCUAUGGGAGAAAUGAAUGGUGGAACAAAAAUUGGAACCAUUUCCCUGUUUGACUGCUAGGUUUUAUGGGUAUUGUGGUACUCUAUAGGUGGUUAAACCAAAGGUACUUCUAACGUGUGGUUAAGCACUUCUCCAGAAAAUGAACCUCUGUACAGCGAUGUGCACUGCAGUGCAAGAAAUGGCGCAACUUUGCCCUCUCAUGUCUGCUUUGGUGUAUUUACACCGGUACAUGCUCCAAUUAUGUACAGUAUCUUCCUUCCACGUUUGCUAAGUUUCUGGGGGAACUUGCGAGGUGUUGCACAUUGUUAGUAAACAUUUGAAAGUU